AGGAGGGCAACCGCCCAUAACAUGCUGACAUUUCAGCAGUGGAAACUCUGAAACGUGGUACCUGACUAGCUGAGACCAAAGGAUGGAUUAUGCCAAGAAGUCUCUCAAUCUGUUCUCAGCUUCUUCUCUCUCCAAUAUAUCCCACAGAUGUGUGUCAGCCAGUGCUUCGGUCCUCCCAAGCUUUAGCCCACGGCCCAGACCCUUUCGAGUCACCAACUCCAACCGCUCCAUAAAAAAAGGGAUCAUGGCAGAUGGACUGAGUGAUCUACUGAACAAGAUAACGGAUGCAUUCCAUGUGUCCUGCGUGGCAGAUCUGGUGCUGGACGAGGAUGGGACUGGAGUGGACACAGAGGAGUUCUUCCACACACUGAAGGACAGCACUGUGCUCAUGAUCCUGGAAAAGGGAGAAAUGUGGACUCCUCAGCAGAGAUCCCUGUCACAAGACCAAGCUGGAGAGCAAAAGUCGCAGCUGAGGAAGGAUCUAGCCAAACUGACGCUGGACCUCUACAAAAACCAUCCAAAAGAAUUCAUUGGCUGCCUGAAUGUACAGAUGACUCUCUAUGGGAUGUACUCCAUGUCAUAUAACCUGCAGUGCUACCAUGCCAAGAGGAUGCUGAGGGAGGUCCUAAGAUGGACUCUCUUCAGCAUGCAGGCCACCGGUCACGUGUUACUGGGGACCUCCUGCUACAUGCAACAUCUUCUUGACGAGGACGAGAAAGCUGAGGCACAGGUGGCAUGGGAACAUGCAGCUAAACCAAUACAGGCCAUUCAGUGGAGAAAGAAAAACUAGAAACCUGGGAGUAGACAAGCCACACAGAUGGCAAUGGCCUUGUUUUUCUCCUAAGCAAAUGGCUUGGAAACCAUUAAGGUGUCAUAUUUCAUGUUAGGGAGUAUAAUGGCAUGGCAAAACUUGGUAUCAGAAUAACCGGGAAGCCACUGUACUUGAUAUAUUUUGCUAUUUGCACUUGAUAGUUUAAGUUAUGUACAUAUUUUUGCGAAUGUGUGUUUCUAACAAUGGAGCUAUUAAUAUUUAUUCACAAUUCCACUUGCUACCACACACUGCUAUUUUUAAUUUUGAUACAAUUUAUUAUUUUGUCUCUUGUUCUUUUCUAAAGUGCUAGGGUUAAACAUUAAGUUUGGAUGCUUCUUCAGGUCUUGUCAGGCCUUCGGGUUUCUGGCUGUGUAUUCAUAAGUCUUGAUCUUUAGCAAAGUGUGUGUGUGUGUGUGUGUGUGUGUGUGUGUGGUGUGCAUUCUGCAUGUACCCUGCAGCUGUAAGCCCAGUGCUAGGAAAGGGGAUGACAUGCAUGUCUGACUGGCCUGGGCUGUAAUUGGACUCUGGACGGGAGCUUUCCUACAUCCCACAUCAGCCCAUAAUUGCCUCUGAGGGAGAAUGAGAGGGAAGG